CUGCUCUGGUCGCAUUUCCUGUCUGAUCUACCUGGUGAGGCUGACACAGGAGACCAGCGCGCGGUUCUUACUCACUCCUCAACUCUGCCGCUCUUCCCCGCAGGAGGCUCGGAUGGAUCGCGGCUUUACGACUGCGUCUGGCGGUACAACUCCAGCGUGAACGAGUGGACAGAGGUGUCCCCAAUGUUGAAAGCCCGGGAGUACCACAGCUCGGCGGUCUUAGAUGGGCUUCUCUACGUGGUGGCUUCCGACAGCACCGAGCGUUACGACCACACCCUGGACGCCUGGGAAGCCUUGCAGCCUAUGCUCUAUCCCAUGGAUGACUGCUCCACCACCACCUGCCGCGGCAAGCUUUAUGCCACCGGAUCUCUGGCCGGGAAGGAGUCCAUGGUCAUGCAGUGCUACGACCCCGAGACAGACCUGUGGUCUCUGGUGAACUGUGGGCCGCUGCCCCCCUGGUCCUUUGCACCCAAGGCGGUCACUCUUGGGGGGCUCAUGUACUUUGUAAGAGAUGACUCUGCCGAAGUGGAUGUCUACAAUCCAGCCAAGAACGAGUGGGACAAAAUUCCUCCCAUGCUCCAGGUGCACGUCGGGGGAAGCUUGGCCGUCCUUGGGGGAAAGCUUUACGUCUCUGGCGGUUACGACAACACUUUUGAACUUUCCGGGACGCUGGAAUCGUACGAUCCGGAGACCCGCAAGUGGACCGUGGCCGGCCAGCUGCCAGAGCCCAUCUUUUGGCACAGCAGCGUCAGCAUCUUCCGCCAGUUCAUGCCAGAGACGUUGGAGGAUGACGAGGGGAGGCCGCUGGAAGAUGCCUUCGACGCCAGCCUGUACAGUCAGGACUUGGAUGAGCUGCGUUAAUGGGGGGAGAGCUUGCUGCUGUGGCUUGAACGCGGCCGGUGGUCCUGCGCUACUCAUGGAAGGCGGCAGGACCCCAUUGGCACUUGCAAGGGCAACGUGGGCUGGCCCGCUUGGUCCUCUCCAGCAACCCCGUUCUGGGAAGCAUCCGCAAACCUUCUCUUUGGUGAACCCGGGAAGGGGGUGAUGUUGCAGGCCAGUUUCUGAAAGUUUAACUGGGGGGGGACGGAUGCCUUGGGGUUCAGUUCCGGAGCUGGGCUUGGGGGUGGGUGGGAAGAAGGUGGAACCCUUUUGAUGGACGGUCUUUCCGAAGGCCUUCCACGUGAGGAAAGGGUCGCUCCGGAGGCGCUUGGAAAUGUUGCCUGGGUGGAAAAGGGGGCUGGAGCAUGUCUGUUUCCCUCUCUUGCUUCUUGACAUAGUUCAGAAUUCAUUGGUCAAGUUUUCUGUUACAAGACGUGGUGGUCAAAGGACUGUAAAAAUAAGAGGCCCCCCAUCCUGCUCGCCACCGUCUGGAGGGUUCUAGAGCGAAGGGUCUGGAUGCGGAGACUCAUCCGCCACAGGCGAGGGAGGCUUUGAUCGGGGUUCCUGCUCUGAGCUGGGGGUGGGAGUAGAUGGCCUCAAGGGAGCCUUCCCAUUUUCAGUUUCUGUGUUGUUGGAAGUGCCCAGUCAAGUUUAGCGGCUCUUCCUCCUUUGGAGACACCGUGCCAUCCAUGUCGUGCGUUUGCUAGGGGAUGUGGUGGUGGUGCUUGUCCUCGCACCGACGGGGGGGUUUGGACCGGAUGAUCUCAAAGCCCCCUUCCGACCUGUACAUUUCUGUAAUCCUGCGGCCUGGGCAAGGUGAGCCAGGACGACCACAACUGGAAGGGCACCGCAGCCCCGUGGGAGGCUAGAUGAUCUCCGCCCACAAGCGCGUUGCUUGCCAGGCGCAAGUGAUCUCCAAAUUUGCCUCCUCUUGUUCUCUCCCCAAAAGGACCCAUUUCCCCUCCCUGCAGCCCUGGUUAGAGUUGGACUUGAUCUGCCUGCUGGAGAGAUGAAGGUUUUUGGGGAAGAAAUUGCACAUCGAGCCAGCGUGCCUUGGAGGGGGGAAAAAAGCCUUGUGUUAAUUCCUCAGUAAAAUGUUGGGUAAGGUCGACUCCUUUGAAUGGUGGGCAGAGCAAGAGAGUGGCCCAUGCAGAUGGGAACCCCGCGUGCAAGUUUGCCUUGCUGAACCCCAAUUUGGGGGGUGCCUUUUAGAUUGAAGAACGUUUUUUCACAUCAUGCCGCGGAAAUGUGGCGCCACGAUGGCUGAUUUGGGGCCGUGUUGCGUUUCGAGAGUUGCUUUUGCACAAAUAAAAGGGGGAGCAUGUUACAUUGAUCUCCUGCGAGGCAAAAUAACAUCUGUUUCACCCUUCGCUCCCCCCAUAUGGCAAAAUGGGGACAUCAGUGUAUCCUCUUGAGGCCAAAAUAGGUACUUUGAAAAUUUCAAAAGUAUUUUGCAGAGGCUGCCUAACCUGCCUUACAUCCCCAGAUGUCCUAAAACUUAAUUUUCUUCUUUCCUCUUUUCGUUUGGACGAGCAGAAAAAUACGCUCUCGCUCCUUGCAGGGUUUCAGAUGGAGAUCCCAGUUUGCUUGGCAGCCCUGUCCAAAAAUGAAACAGACCAGCAUGUUCACCUUCUUCCAGGUGGAUGAUCCUGGUUGGUUUCACGGCCAGCUCGUUUCAUUCGGGCCUGGUACACAGCUAGGCAGCCGGGCUUUCGAUGAACCCCAACAAAACAAACUUACGGCUUGACAAAAGGGCAAAGAAGCCAUCAUGGUGCCUUCUGAAUUUUUGAUCCACCCAAAGCGUUGAACCUUUUUCACCCUCCCUCUGAAUGACCAGCUUUGGUGGUUUACCAAGUUAGGUUUUAGGGUGUUUGAAGUUGCUGCUGGUGGCUUUUUUGGAACCAGGCUGAAUUAAGCAUCCUGCUUCUGCCAUUAACCGAGCGGGUUCGUGUCUUGGAAAAACUCUGGCCGGUGACCCCAAUUUUUACAACAGAGGAAAAGGAGAGUAAUUCCCAUCCGCUGGCCUAGAACGAAGGCAGAGACACUUGAGUGGGGCAGAGCAGUGGGAUUUUGUUUCUCAUUGCGCUGUUGUGUGAACCUCCCACUCACCCAUCCUUUUCUCGUUGCAAACUCUGCACUGGGUCCCUACUUUCCCCCACAGCACCAAAAACCCACCCCAGAAGGGCCAUCCAGGAUGGGCUAGUUUUCCACAUUGUCGUAGCCGUUUACAGAGGCGGCUCCUGGCUCCGCUGUUACUAUCCCUCGAUGGACAAACGUAUUUGCGCUGGGCUGUUGAAAGCCUCUUCGCAGAGGACGUGGUCGUUUGCCACCCGGUGGCGCUGAAUUGGAAGCUCUUGCAUCAGUGGACUUGCUUGGUAUUUAUUUAACAUUGAACGUAGUCAUUGCACUCAGCCUGAAGUACUGUAGAGCAUUUCUCCUUUGAAGCAAAGGUGUUCUUGUUUUGUAACCCUUCCUUUGGAAAACUUGAAAUGGGACAAAUAAAGAGGUGUGUUAAGAC